UCUAGGAGUACACACAGUAGCUGCAAUGAUCGCUUUGGUAGUUUUCGUCGUUUGCUUUGCAACCGUUUUUGCAGGAGAACAGCUCGUAGCUGUUUCACAGGACACCUUAGGAAAUUACGACCUCAAAUACUCCAUCGAUGGAAUUUCAAGGGUUGAACGCGGAGAUCUUCAUGGAAAUGUUAACGGUGGUUUCGCCUACAUCGACCCCCAUGGCAUAGUUAGAAAAACCGAAUUUACCUCCGGUGUUCACGGAUACAACGCUGUUGGUACCGACAUCCCUCUUCCAGUCCACGACACCCCUGAAGUAGCCCACGCCAAGAUCAACCAUCUUUCCGCCCUCCACGCAGCUUACUUGGCACCUAAGCUUCCGCAAUUCCAAGGACCCGAAGAAGGCUUCAUCGCUGCUCCUCUUCCUUUAGCCGCCGCCCACAUUGCACCCAUUGCCAGAUUCGCCCACAUCCCGUCUACUGUACAGUUCGCUGCGCCAGCCAUUCCAGCUCUCCCAGCGAUCCAUGGACAUUUUGGAGUUGGCGAAACACCAGAGGUUUUAGCUGCCCGCGCCGAACAUUUCGCAGCACAUGCCGCAGCCCGUGCGCAACUCCAUCACUAA